AUAGCGGCGAGCAACCAGCUGAGGGAACUUUACAAAAGGGAAAAUUAGUAACGUCGUGGCUUUGGUGAAAGCAAGUCGUAAAAAGCUGGUUUUUCAUAAACGGUACCGAUAUUCGCGGUAAAUUUCCUGCAAACAAGGUUCGAUUUUUCGAAUUACUGUGCGUGCUUUAAAAGCAGAAGGCUUUCCUGCGGAUAAACUAUUUGACGACAACAUUUUGUAUCGACAAAUUUCAAUCCGCAAAGAUUCGUUAUGCGUUUGGCGCUAUUGUCGAUUCGCUAUCGCGUUGAUCCUUAAGUUCCACGCUUCUACCAGCUUGGAUACAAACCGACAAAUAAUGUGAAAUGCUUUUCCGGUCGAAUUCUCCUUAUCGGCGUCUCUGAGUUCUGCCCACGGGCGAUUCGCGAAAGACUUAGUUUUGUUAUCGAUUUCGGUUCUUCCUCCAAUUAUCAGUGUCCUGAAUUCGGUUAGGCGCCGCAGCAGUGGUGGAGGGUUACAUCACAUAGCACCAUUGAGCAUCCCCCGCGAUUUGUCGCCCGUUCGCGCCAGCAGACAGUGCAGCAACAACAAACCAACCGUCGAGUGUCGCGGGUCGUUGCUUUAUGUUGUGAGGUUUGUCUUCGCUGUCGUUUCGCCACACGAAUCUGCGUGCCGUUGCUGAUCGGUGGUAGUGUGAGUGUGAUGUUUGACGACGGAAAACAUUCGGAACGGGUGUCGGUUUAGCAGCAGCAGCAGCAGGAGCACCCAACAGUGAAGAAGGCGCUCCGAAAGCGCACAAAAAAAGGAGAUUUUUCUUUGAUUUAUUCCUCGCAAAUUACGAUUUCAUAGGCAAAAGUGGGUGUUUUAAGCAACCGUGCGAGAGAAGAAAAAAUCAGAUCUGGGAAACAAAGGGAAAACUCCUCAUAAAUUCAGUCUGAUGUAACGUAAAAUAAGAAAAAAUUGGGCAAAAAAGAUUGAAAUAUAUAACCGUAUACUAACAAAUGGAAACGAUUCGCGAAAAUGUUGCUAUUUAUGGGUUUGUGGAAAAAUAGAAACAAGGAAAAAAAGAACAACAAUUCUCUAACUCAAAGAGCCGGUUUUGAUUUAUUGGAACAAGUGUUUUUGUGAAUGAAUUAUUUCUAGGUCGCUGAUAUUGCAGUGUGGCAAAACGAGGAAAGUCGGUGGUUUUCGGAAUUGAUCUUACCGUCGGUGUGUUCGCGUGGAACAAUAAGUUUCACUAAAUAUUAACUGAUAAGUCAAACCAUAUCUCGCUGAGCUUGAGUUCUGACUCUAAUGUUUCUUUUGAGUGUGAUUUCGAAUAUAACGAUUUCGAUGGCAGAGGUGUCACUGGCAUAGUCCAGUUGUGUUCCAGUGACUGACAGCGAGAGUACGGCGAUUACGCGAUUCUGAAGCCACACGUACGAUCUUAGUUGGAGAAGAACAAGGUGCAGCAGGAAACGUUCCGAGUGAUCAAUCGCUGAUCUCCUCAAUAUAUUUUGACAGCUGACAAACGUGGAUAGAUUUCGUGUCGAAGUAUGUUACUUCAACGGUUUGAAAUGCAGUGCCGGUGCUACGGUUGGUGGCAGCGGUAAACGUGCACGCAGGUGCUUAGCCAGCGGGAAAUUGUUUUUCUUGCGUCACGUUGAAGGAUACACGUGAGACAAUUGCGACUCGGUUCGGAGCUUGCCUGGAAGUGAUAUCGCGAGAAGUGGUGGGUUCGCAGCAGGGCGCCUCUGCGUGAAGAUGUCGUCGCUGCACGGGAGGAAAACUUGAAGAGCCACCCAAUCUUGGUUACGUCGAGGGUGGGCUGCUACAGGAGUGGUCCAGUGUUAUUGGUUGAUGCAGAAAUAAUAUUUUUUGUUUAAAGUAGAAAAAACAAGAAAAUAAAAGAAGUUGAAAGUUAAAAUCGGUUCGUGUUCGCAAAGCAAAGAUGUGCCAAGCCAACCAGAUGGCAAAUGUGAUUUAUUGCUUUGUAUUGGUGAGUGUGUGCCUGAUCAGGAGUUCCUCUGGGGCUCAUUGGGACCAUUCGGUGUUUCUGGACGACGAGUACCGGCUGUUGUGGACAAUUUCGGGGUACGACAUUACCUUCGAAGUCCAAGCUCGCACACAUGGCUAUAUUGGACUAGGCUUUUCCAAGGACGGCACCAUCUACGGGGCGGAUAUCGUCAUCGGCUGGGUCGACCAGGGACAAGUUCAUUUCCAGGAUCGACACGUGAAAAAAAAUGGUGAUGGUCAGCCCCUGGUGGACUCGUCCCAGGACUACGUCCUGCUGCUUGGGUACGAGAAUCAGACGCACACGGUGCUGCGCUUCAAGCGGAAGUUGGACACCUGCGACGUGGCGUACGAUGUGCCGAUAACGAAUGACACCAUGCGCGUGAUCUUCAUGUACCACGACGAGGAACCGCACGGUUCUUCGUACACACCGGGAAGUUUACCGGACCCGGCGGAGGCCUUCAAGCAGGCACGUUCACUGUUCUUGACACAACGCGUAAAUCAGGCUCCAAUCAAACUAGACGCCCGGAUGAAGAUCAUGGAGCUACGUAAUCAAGACGUCGAGCUGCCGCGGGCUGACAACACCCUGCAUUGGUGCAAAAUGUUCAAGCUGAGCGAUAUCAAUCGUAAACAUCAUCUGAUUAGGUACGAACCGGUUUUUGAUUCGGCUUCCAGCGUACCCUACCUGAAUCACAUUAUUCUGCACGAGUGCCAGGGCUCAUCACCGGAGCUAGAAAUCAUGUCACGGGAGAAUGGACGACCUUGCUACCAGGCGGAUCGGUCGAUACUGACAUGCAACUCAAUCGUGGCUGCGUGGACACGCGGAUCUGAGGGAUUUUCGUUCCCGGUCGAAGCUGGAUACCCGUUGGACUCGAAUCAAGCCCGUUUCUAUCUGAUGGAGACGCACUAUAGCAGCAGUGUAGAGUUUGGCGAGAGUUCCGUCAGUGCCCCUGCCGACGCUGCGUCCACCAAGAGCAAGGUGAUGGUGGACAAUUCUGGGUUGAAAAUUUACUACACCAGUGCGCUAAGGAAUCAUGAUGCCGGUGUGCUGUCAGUCGGAAUGGACCCGAAUUGGAGGCAUAUCAUUCCACCUGGACAGGAUCACGUUGUGUCCGAGGGACACUGUGUUGGCGAGUGUACUCAGCGAGCAUUUCCACGUGACGGGAUUAAUAUUUUUGCUGUUAUGAUGCGAACCCAUCAAAUUGGCAGACAAAUCAAGCUGAGGCAGAUCCGCUACAGAGAGGAACUUUUGCCUAUCGCACACGACAGAAAUACGGAUUAUAACUAUCAGGAAUAUCGAAGGCUAGCAUCAACGGUGAGGGUUCUUCCGGGUGAUCGGUUGAUUGCCGAAUGUAUCUACGAUAGCUCGGGACGAGCAGCAAUUACUCUUGGAGGUCUAACCACCCGAGAGGAAACCUGUCUGGUGCUAACCUUGUACUAUCCGAGGCAGAAAGAGCUAACAACGUGCCAUUCGUUACCCAGUUUGCCAACGGUGCUGCAUUCGCUGGGAAUCAACGAGUUGGUUCCCGGUUCAAAUCCGGUGCGGAUCGCUUCCCCAACGGAACUUUCCGGCAUGACCCUGGAGACACGUCUCAUCUCGUACGACUGGCGAAACAACUUCAAAAGUUUUCAGUACGUAACGCGUAAAGGAUCCUUCAAACCACUUUGCUGGAGUGCGAAAAAUCAACCACUAGCGGGCACUGAGAGCCUAGACGGCUAUGCACCGAACAUUACCAAAACGUACAAACUGGCGAAAUCGUGCAGCUUCAACCGGUCGCCGGUCGGUACCGCUUCCGGGGGUCUGAACGUUGCCAACGUAUACUUCCAGAAUCGGAACCGCUACGUCACCGAAUCGGAAGCGAAUGUCGACCUGCCGCAGGUGGAGGACGACGAACUGGACGACAACAACGUGAUAGAGGGUGCUGCUCGGAGCAAAGUGUCACGCAGUUCGGCCACUGAAACGAUGGGACUGAGUGGAGCUUCGAUGGGCGGUAUCCGGAGUCAGAUGAUGAUGGCGUAUCUGCUGUUCAUCAUCUUCCUGAAUGCGUUUCGGAUAGUACAUGCCGGCGACGCCUAGGUUUGUGCUAUGAUCGGGUCGGGUUGAUAUGUGAGCAUCUGCUUUCUGGUUUUGGAAAGUUGGUACUUUUCUACCCCUUUUUAUGUAUGUUCGUAUUUAACGAGGCGAGUGGUAGAAGGGUUUGGAACUAUUUAGCAAUAAGUAGACAACAAAUUGCACACUGACUGUGGAAACUGGUGUACCAGUAAAAAAACGAGGUUCUGAUGAAAUUUUUCUGCGUCCUCUAGCGAAGGGGUCGUCAUCCGUGAAGGACCAAGAACAGAAGACGAGGAAAUUGUGUAAAUAGUUCAGAGAGAAGUAAGAUGAUGGAAAAAAAUAUUUUGCCAUGGAGAAAAUCCCUCGAAACUUUCCUUUUUGACUGUUUUAUUUGCUUUUGUACAAAGCAAUGAUCCGUUAACGAGAAAGAGACGCAGAUAGAGUCCAUAACCUUAAGCAAAAAGCCACCCUGAAAUAAUCGAAAGGGUGAAAUAAAAAGUAGUAUUAAUAACGAUCCAGAAGUCGCUGAGAAUAGUUCUCAGUACGAUAACUUUAAUGAACAUACUUUUAUAAUGGCAAAAGUUAAGUCGAGUCGGAUCUAGGGAUAAAGUGUUUUGUAGGUAACAGUCCUAUUUGUCCACUGUGUGUAACCUGAAGCGGCAGCGCCGUUUGUAAAUUGUAUUUUUACACGCUGCAACAGUCUUGGAAAGGACCUCUAGUGAAGCAUCUACACAUAACACAGAUGUAAAUUCAAGUGUUGUUGAACUAAGAAAUUAAGCCGUACUCUGUAGUCUAGUCAGUAGUGAGAUGGCAAAACUGGACUAAUUUUUGUUAAAGCAUCUAUACACACUGUUUUCUUGUUUCUGCUGUUUCCUGUAUGAAGGUGAAAAAAAGACGAUCUCGUGUCCGUGGAGUGACGUCGUAGGUUUCCAUUUUACCCGCUUUAUUACAAUAUCUUUAGGAAGAGAGAGAUAGAGGGUGGAAAAAAAGAGAGUCUGUAUAACAGAAUUUUAUAAAAGCAAAGUUUUCCUCGGUAGUUCAUCAAUAGAGAAAGUGAAGAAUCCUCAAUACUUCUACCGAAAUUUAAGGUAUAGUAGGAUGGUUGAAAAACUCUUACAGGAUUCACCGAACAUUCGAGGAGUGAACUACAAAAAUGGUGAAUAUGUUACCAAUAUGUUUUCCGCCUGUAUGAAGUGAAAAGAAGCGCAAGAAAAAGUAACCUAAAGCGAGAGACAAUCAUGAACCUGCCAGCCAGCUGAAAAGCACAGAAAGAAACAAUCUGAAAUUUAUGAGGAAAAUGAGAUAAUUUUUUUUCUAGCGAAAGGAAGGAAACUGUGUCAGCUCUUUACGAUCUACUUACGUAACCGGUGGUAUGAGGACUGUUUGACUAUAUGCAACACGAACAGAUACCCUCAUAAUUUGUUAGGCCCUGAGGGUACUCCUCCUGUAGCAAAAAAAUGUGUGAUUUCACGUGAUGAAGCAAUUUGAGGAGGUAGCCUGGGGAAAGCGUAAUAUGUUGCGAAAUCACAUGUGUGCAGUCGAGAUGCGGGUGUAAGUUUGAAAAAGUAACAUAAAACAGGGAUACGUGACUCGAAAGAAGUCUUAACUGUAGUCAAACAACCCGCUAUCAAUAACGGGUUGUGGUUGAAGAGAAAUUUGCUAAAUUUUUCAGCAUUAUUUCCAAUUUUUCAACAUUAUAUUCCAUAGAGGUAACCGAACUAAUAUGAACGGAGUUUUAAGCAAUAUCCCCAUAUCGUUCGGGUCCAUGCUAAAUAUUUGAUUGAAAAUUUAUUAUCUAUCAAUUUGUUGAACUGGAAUAGCUCACGCGUGGCUUGUCAUGAGGAAAAGGGGUUCGGAUCGACGAGCAAAAUUGUAUGAAACCAUAAAACUAUUUCUUUGAAUCUAUCUUUAUAAGCAUUCCAUGAGAUGUUCCACUUUGGAAUUUUUGGUAAUUAUUUAUGGUACAUCUAUAAUUGAUAUUCGGGGACCAGCAUAAUCCAAAACGGUUCGUAUAGCGAUAAAUUAAUAUGACGAAUAAAUUGGAAUAGUUUUAACCCCACAUUUAAAGUUUUUUUUAGUAUCGUCAUCUUCUACAACGAUUUGAAUAUCAAAAACACAUCACCUGGAAUUCCAGAAUCAGAUAAAAUUUUUCAAUUUUGUAUGGAGCCAAAAGGCCUUCUUCUGGGAAACGAUUGAGCUCCUCUAUUAUCUAUAAUUUCGGAACCGGAGUUCGGAUAUCGGUGUAACUGAACUCAGUUAAACUCACUUAAGGGAUUGUAAAUCAUUUCAUUUCAUUCGAAAUUUUUGAAAAUAAAUGUAGCCAUCUGUGAAAAAUCGUAGUGCGUUCUAAUAAAAAUUUUUGGUACCCUCCGAGAUGGAAAACUGUAUACCGUAAAAACUGAAAUAAUUUUAUUUCGUAAUCGACUAUCAAAAUUUACAAAUCCGAUUAUUUUAUGUGUUAUUGAUAUUUUUACAUUAUCUCCAAAACCGGAAGUCAGAUCUGGUUAAAAGCAAGAAGUUUUUAUGGGGUCUUAAAACUUUUCAUUUGAAUCUACGAGGAAAAUGAGUGACAUUAUUAAAUUUUCAUUUCACAUAUCACAUAUCAUACUGUAGUUCCGGAACCAGCAGUCGGAUACGAAUGAAAUUCAGGAAACUUGUAUGGGAGCAUAGGAUUUUUCAUAUGAAUCUAAGUUCGUAGAAAUCCGUUAAGCCAUCUCGAGAAAAUUUCGUGAAAUUACUUGUCAAUUGGUAAGAAGUUCUGUUUUUCCAGCAGUUAUUGCUGUAGGAAGCUUAAAUCAGUACAAAUAUGAAAUUGUUUUGAAUUCGACAAUACUGCAUCGUUCUAAUACAUAUGGCAUAUUCAAACGAUUAUGUUUCCAAAAAUAAUACUGAAAUCGAAACGAGGCAGUAAAUUUGAUUCUUGAAAACAAUUGCAUACAACAGUACUAAUAAUCGCAUUUCACUUUGCUCAAAAGCAUCGCUUUAUCACGUAGCGAUCAAAUCUCCUACUGCUGUAAUUGGAGGAGAAGUCGCUUACACAAAAAUAUCGAUAGGUCCGUUAAAAAUGAACAGGUUUUAACGAUCUACAACUUGUUGGAUACUCAUUACCGUUUGAAAUCAUAGUCUCAAAACCAGUGAUGCGAACGGUACCGGUAAAAUACAUUUCUUUCCCUACAUUCUACACACUCUGAGUGCUACCGCCUGCUACAACUGCUGGUAGAUACAUUUACUCUAGAGAGUGUACCAGCGACGAUGAGAACGGUGAAGGUAAAAAUACAUUUUGUUCUGCUUCAUUCUACUCUUUCUUAGGUUUACAGCAUUCUACAGUAGGCUGGGCGAUACAUUUGCUCAAAGCUACCGCCGCUUUUAAAAAUGUAAUAUAGCUUUCUACCGCCGUCGAAAAAAAAGUAUUCUACCGCUGUACUUUACAUUGUUCGCUCAAAAUGGUAGCGCACGUGUUUACAUUGAACGUUAACAAAUGAUUACUAGUUAUUUAAUAUAUAAACAUUAUGUGUUGACGACUUUUUUGUAUUUUUCAAGACCAGAUUAUAUUUUAUUUAAAUAGUAGAUCGUUUGAUAUUCUUGAUGAUCUUCCCGAAUGGUGUAAUGAAUUAUUUGUUUUCAAGGCCCUUUUUAAAUGAAGAAUUCAAUGCUUUGCUGCAUUGAAACGUACUGAUUAGAUUUUAGCAGAUGAAAAAGUAAACAAAGAGAAACAAUUUACUUUUGUGACCUUAUGAAAUGGUUACGUCGACUUGUCAUUUUUUUUCCCUUCAUUAGCAGUGAACGUUGUUGCUCCCAAAAUCGUUUUUUUUUUUUCAAAGCAAUUCGUGAUCGUGAAAAAUGACUGAUUCAUCGAAAAUAAAGCGUUUUUAUCGGGACAUAGCCAAUGAUUGUUAUAAGUGUGAAGAUGAUUAUAUAAUUUGUAACAUCGAUUCUACUCGAAUCUGCACGUACAAAAAAUUAAGAAGUAGUUAUGAUCCCGGAAAUUUUGUUAAGCAUUUACGAAAUGUGCAUCCGUAAAAGCCUCUGGAAUACGGACUACUGAAGCAAGGAUAUGCACCAGAAAAGAAAAGGAAAAUUCUUAAAACAUCAAUAGCACUCGACAGACAAGCUGUGGUUGAAUCUUUGGUAAAAAUGGUAUCACUUCAUCACUUGCCCCUAUGCGCCGUUGAAUGGGAAGGUUUUCGAGAACUGCUAGAUCCAAUUUGCGAAGCACUUAAAUUUAAAAUCAAUCGAGACAAUAUCUCUCGUCAUAUUGAACAAUGCGCAACAAAUAUUAGGGAAAAAAUUGCAGCUGAAAUGCAAGGUCGAUUAAUAUGCAUUAAAGUCGACUCUGCGACCCGAUAUGGCCGUCAUGUAGUGGGCAUAAAUGCGCAAUUUAAUAAAGAUGAUACUGUGAUUAUUAGAACCCUAGGUAAGGCUAUUUUGAUUUGGCCAAAGUAGUAUAAGCAUAUAAAUGAUUUGUUUUGUAGCAAUGAUGGAAGUUAACUGUCGCCAGACUGGUAAAUUCCUAAAGUAAAAAUUGAUUAUGUACUGAAGAUGUACGGAGUCGCACAAGUCAUUCCUAUUGUGUAUUUCGAUGAAGUUUGAGCUUUCCAUACAAAAAACAUCACUUGUUCGAAAUGCAGAAUCACAUUUUUUACAUUAAAUCAAAACAUUUCGAAAUGCGGAAAAUGGAAAUCUUUCACUCAAUCUAAAAACUUUAAUUCGAUCUAAAUACCAAAAAAAAUGAUUUUUUUAUCUUCAUUUAUAUAACGGUUAAAAUUAUUUCACACCGGAGAACGAAUAAAUUAUUAUUUCCGAACGAAGGGCCCUUCUAUUUGAUUCGAAGACUGCGAGAAGCGAUCUAACCACCUCAAAGAUAUCGAUGUUAGUUUCAUUUUUGAAAUCUUCUGUGACCAUUACUUUUUAGGCUUCCCGAAUAGGAAAACGGUAACCAGUAUAGCCGAGUUCAGUUUACUUGUCCAACCAACAAGCCCUUAAAGCAUUCAUUGACUAGUCACACGUGCGAAUACGUGAAAGUCAUCUUCAAAAUAACGAACGAAAUAGGCAAUGUGCAGCGCCUACCGUAAAGUACAUUUUCUAUCGCACUUAUGUACACUUUUCUACAACGGCAAAGUACUUUUUUCUACCGCCACGAGCUACUUUUUUUGUGGUACAGUAGCGCGAACAAGGAGGCAGUAAAAUGUGGAAAAAUAUAAUUUCUACCUACUUCGAACGGCUAUGAUUCCAGCCGUAGUUUUUUACGCGAUACUGCUUCGCUCGCCUACUGUAAUAGAAUUUUAGUUUGGAUGCAUCAACGCGGUACAGUAAGAAAAAUUAAAAAAGGUAGAUGUGGGUAAGCAGACUACAGUAAUAAAAAUGGGAGGCAGUUUGCAUCCUUGCUCAAAACAUAUUUUUUUACAAACAUAAUUGGGACAGAUUUUGUAAAAAAAUCUGGAAAUUUCCAAAUUAAAUAUUGUGUAACUCAAAAAGUAAACAGCCGUUCAGGUUGCCGAGGAGACCAUUAAUUGACAACACACACACAUACACCCAUGGAUAUUUGCUCAGUCCAUCGAGCUGAAUCGAUUGGUAUGUGACACUCGCUCUACGGGCCUCGGAAAAAGUUUGAGUUUCCAAAGUUGGAGCGAAUGCUAUACCUAUAGCUUUAUAUUCAUGAAAAAAGGAGAAAAAGAAGAUUUAAUAAUUAAAUAUUAUUAUAUUGAUAUUGUUUUUUGUAACAUGCAGCUGUCAUUCCUUUCAACAUGGUUUUGAUUGUGAAUUUUUUUUUCCUAGUUUCAAAAUAUGAAACAAAUUGUAAAUGCGCACGUUUUCUUCCCAAGCAAUGAAUCUUGUAUUAGUGGCAUAUACCCAAAGUGAAAUCAAUUUCAAAAUUUUCUGGCCGAUACGGUACUGGGGAUUUGCUAGGCGAGUUUCAGGCAGAGCAAAAAAAUGAAUGCACGGUUGUACUAUUGGCAGUAAUAAUCGUUAUGGAAUUAGUCGAGAAGGAGAUAAAAACAAGCAAAAGAACAAACAAGCAAAGAACUAUAAACUUUAUUUUAUAUAUUUUUUGCUAGAGGUAGAAACAAUCGAGAAUAAGAGAACACAGAAGAAGGAAGAAAAGUAUAUGCAAAUGUGAUACCGUAAAUUAAAACUAAAUAAAUAAUGAACAUUAAGUGGUUGUAAAUACGUUUAUAGUGUACUAUUGUAGUGAUCAGAGGAAAAGCUAACUUCAGAAAUCAGUCACGAAAUUUGAUGGAUAGAAUGAAUUAAAAAUAAAAUACAUUGUGUAGCACAUAGCAUCACCGAAAAAAGAGCACACCGAUCGUUUUACCCUUUUGAUUUUCCCAAUAUCUUGCACCUUGCUUCAAAACAACUUUUGUGCUCCGGACCUAAUACUUUUUGUACUUUUUCAAUGAACAAGUACUCAGUAAAAACAUUCGAGACCGUAGUCUAACAUUCCAUCAACAAGGAAUUGCGAAGAAAUGAAACAUGUCUUAGUAUAUGCUCAAUCUAAUUUCAUUUAAUUGAAAAAACUUUGUUUCGUUAAGCUAUCAAAAACCAAAAUAGUAGGAUUUCAAAACAUGUUAUUGCUUUAUUACCUAGCACCGAGAACCAGCAGUCCUGUUUUAAAUUCUGGGUGUCCUAUUCCCCUUUCAAAAAUCCUACCUCUUUCAGUGUCUCAUAAUCUAGCUAGAGCAAAGAAAAGCAGAAAAAUGUCCAUCCAAUAAUACAUGUUCUACAGAAUUUAGCGCCUUCAAGUUGAUAACCAAACUGAAAUCAAAGAAUUAGGACAUGGAAAAACCCAUUAGUGAGCAGUCAUAAAAUUAAAUAAUUAAAUAAAUAUUGAAAAACCGCGCGAAACAAAAUACACCUGUACUUCUACAACCUGCAAUCGAGCUACUAUCACAACAACAACAACAACUACUACUACUACUAUUUGCACAGAGAAAUGCGAUUAAAUAAUAGCAGAGACGAGCAAACACUAAAAAAGAUGAAAAAUAGAUGAAACCAUUAUCAAAUAUCAAACAUAAAACGAGAACGAAAGCUUAAAUAGUUUAAGUCUACCUGUGCUGUUUUGAUUUUUUUCUGGUUCCUAAGGAAACCGUUGUCACUUCUAUUCUCGAAUACUGAAUUCAAAAAAAUGUAAAAAGUAAAUUAAAUUGAAUUCAACUGGGUGUUAUGAUUCGUUUUUAACAAGUCCAUGUCCUGGACGCAACGGAUCUAGAUUACAGAAUGGAGCGAAUUUAGUAAUGCUCGAGUUGAAAAGAAAUUGAUAGUUAUUCGAGCAUAAGGGUUUGAUUUUUGCUUUGAGGCAUUGUUAGUGCAUUUUAAAAGGAGUUAGACCAAAUCAGACAAUGUGAAAAUUAGAACAAUGUUUUGUGCAGAAACAGUAGAGAAAAGUCCAAACGUAACUAAUCAUAGUCGUGGAAAUUUACCGUUAAGCUAGUAGCAGUUCCCAAAAUAGUGUGAUGUAUAAAAAAGAACAAUUAUGAUGACUAAUCAAAAUAAAAUCACAGAUGGAAGGUCGGAAACAUCCGACGCUCAUGAAGACUAGAAAGUUAAGAGGGAAAUGUGAAAAAUUGUGAAAAAACUUGAUGUAAUCCACAAAAAAACUGUUGUAAAACUGAAACCCUAAAUGGAAACAUGUGGAAAAAGCAAUACGAAAAUAAAUUUAGAUAUCAAAGUA